GCAUGCGUGUAGCGGUUGUAUUGAUAAGCUAGCAGAAGUAUAAUUUCUGAACAUGUCAGAGAAAGGAGAAGUGGAUUUGACUGGUGCCAAGCAGAACACGGGUGUGUGGCUUGUAAAGGUGCCCAAAUAUCUGUCUCAGCAAUGGGCAAAAGCGACCGGCAGAGGCGAGGUCGGGAAACUCCGAAUAUGCAAGAAAGGAAACCAAGGAAAAGCAGAGGUGUCUUUCACUCUGAACGAAGAGCUCACUGUGAUUGAGGGUAUAGAGGAUAAGACCGUGUCUGCGCCUCGGGAGCACCCGUUCACCAUGCAGUCAGUGGGAGGUCAGACGCUGGCGGUGUUCACAGAGACUUCAUCAGGCCAGUCAGAAGAGAGAUCUGAUGGCAGCAGCUCAGUUUCUGGGGCAGGGGCAGGUCCAGAUAAAAUAGCCUUGGAGGGAGUGGUGGUGCAGAGAGCAGAGUGCAGACCUGCCGUUAGUGAAAACUAUAUGAGGCUGAAGAGGUUGCAAAUUGAAGAGUCCUCCAAGCCAGUCAGGCUGUCACAACAGUUGCAAAAUCCUGUCACUAACAACUACAAACCAGUGGCCAACCACACGUACAAUCUUGAGUAUGAGAAGAGAAAGAAGGAGGAGGGCAAGAGAGCAAGAGCGGACAAACAGCAGGUGUUGGACAUGUUGUUUUCUGCUUUUGAGAAGCACCAGUACUACAACAUCAAAGACCUGGUGGAUAUCACCAAACAGCCUGUGAUUUACUUGAAGGAAAUCUUGCGUGACAUUGGAAUCUACAAUGUGAAGGGGACACACAAGAAUACCUGGGAGCUCAAGCCAGAAUACCGACAUUACCAAGGCGAGGAAAAGACUGAUGAAUAGUCCCUCGCCCUCUGUAGGCCAAUACACCGUAUAUCAUUUGAUUGGUGAGCGUCCCUCCCAAACCAGGCCUUGAUUGGACCUUGGAAUUCUCUCCCGAUUUCUUCCAUCAGGUCUCCAAACACAGUGGAUCAUGAGGUCAAGCAAAAGUUGAGUUUUACAGGGAGAGGUCAUUCCAUCUUCCUGUUGUUUUGUAGGAGACAAGAAGUGGCAUUGGGAAACAAACUGAGGUUUCACGCUUAAGUGAGCACCAUCUUGUCCUAAAGUGGUUUCUGUCCCAGCUCCAGCACACCCUUGAGGAAAAACCUGCCUGUAUUUGAAUUAGUUGUUAUAUCCAUCAGAUGCACAGGUUGUAGGUUGACUCUGGUUCUUAGCAUUGAAUUUGUGUUUUAAUGUGUUUACACAAGUAUAUCUAGAUGUUAGGGGCUUAAUGUUUAAACCUAAACAAGAGGAAGAAUGUGACACAGGUAAUGGAUCUCGUAACUAAAUUGACAUGUGCUGAGUAGAUUUCUUUUUGUACACAUUUUAUAAUCUGACUUUUUGGACUGAUGUGUGAUGCUUUUUUUAAAAAACAAAAAACUAAACAGGAUUUUGAACCUUGACUUAGGAAGACAAAUUGAGCCUGAACUUGGGUUGACAAAAUUCCUAGUCUGGCGCCGUUGCUGUCAUCCUUUAAAUUAUUGCUUUAGUUGUCUUAGCCCAUCUUCACUGCAAUUUUUAAUUGUCUUAUACAAUAAAUGUUUCACUAGAAAAAAAAGAGUGCUUACUUUAUAUAGAAUGGUAUCAUAAAGCAUGUAAAUGACAGAACCACAUACAUAAUCAGCCAUCCAAUAACCCUUGCAAAUUUCUUCCGUGGUGCACCUCAUUUUUUAUUUGGCUCAAAUCCUUUGAGGCCAUACUUCUAUUAUUCUGUUACUUUCUGUAAUUCCACUUCAUGUUGUAAAGGGCUUCCUUUUCAGUCAUUGUUACUGUAUACAUACUACUUGACACUGCUUAAAGCAUUAGUAAUCACAAGUAUUCAAGUCUAUGGAUCAAGUAUGAUGGCUUUAAGCAUGGUCUGAGGCUUUAACUGCUUAUUGUAA